GCGCGGUCCUUUUUUUUACUCGGCGGCCGGCGCUAGUGUAUUCGCACGCGGCGCUCUUUUCCUCUCCCGGGCUGAGCUCCUCAGUCGCCGCCGCCGCCGCCGCCUCUGCCUCUACCCAGUCCCUUCCGCCACCAUCACCAUGGGCUUCGGAGAUCUCAAGACACCUGCUGGUUUGCAGCAUCUCAACGACUUCUUAGCGGACAAGAGCUACAUCGAAGGGUACGUGCCGUCCCAGGCCGACAUUGUGGUGUUUGAAGCCGUCUCGGGUCCGCCCCCCGCCGAGCUGUACCACGCUCUGCGCUGGUACAACCACAUCAAGUACUACGAGAAGCAGAAGGCCAGCUUGCCAGGAAAGAAGAAGGCUUUGAGCAAGUAUGGACCUGCUGAUGUAGAAGAUACCACUGGAAGUGGUGGAGCUACAGAUAGCAAAGAUGAUGAUGACAUUGAUCUCUUUGGGUCUGAUGAUGAGGAGGAAAGUGAAGAAGCAAAGAAGCUAAGAGAAGAACGCCUUGCUCAGUAUGAAUCAAAGAAAUCUAAAAAACCUGCAAUUGUUGCCAAGUCUUCACUCUUACUGGAUGUAAAACCUUGGGAUGAUGAGACUGAUAUGGCAAAAUUAGAGGAAUGUGUCAGAAGCAUUCAGGCAGAUGGCUUGGUCUGGGGCUCUUCUAAACUUGUUCCAGUGGGAUAUGGCAUCAAGAAGCUUCAGAUACAGUGCGUAGUUGAAGAUGAUAAAGUUGGGACAGAUAUGCUAGAGGAACAGAUAACUGCCUUUGAAGACUACGUGCAAUCCAUGGAUGUUGCUGCCUUCAAUAAGAUCUAAAAACCUACCAUCCUCAUAAAUUGCAUUUAAAUAAAAAUAUUUGCAAGCAAGA